CAAAACCACAGACAGAACAACAGAAUGAGUCACUAAGGAACUAGCAGCAAAACCUAUGGGUCCGCUAUAAAUACAAGUAUGUGGUCCUUGGGUGGCAUCACAGAUCCAAAGUCUUCUCCUUUAACACUGAAUUUGCACUUAGAGUCAUUACGAUGUACAUCCUGAUCUGUGCCGCAGUUAUUCUGCCUUCUUUAUUUGCUAUCCCGAUAGAUCCCGGUGCUGCAGAUGGACCAAGUGCCGAAGACGCAAAACUUCUACAAGUUUAUCUGGACAAAUUCUUCCCAACCUAUCACAAAGAUGGCCGCAGCCUGCAAGAACGGCUCAGAGAAAUGCAGGAAUUUUUCCAUUUGUCUGUCACCGGAAGAAUGGAUAAAGAUACAUUAAACGUAAUGAAACAGCCUCGCUGUGGAGUCUCGGAUGACUCAGAAGAUCAUAAAGCCCCAACAAGAAUCUGGAAUAAAAAAGUCCUCACGUACAGGAUUAAUAAUUAUACUCCGGAUUUGCCAAGAACGACAGUUGAAGCAGCCAUAGAAAAGGCAUUCCAAGUUUGGAGUGAUGUGACUCCACUGAGGUUCCAAAAGGUUUUCAGACCUGCUGAUAUUGAAAUAUCUUUUGCACGUGGUGAACAUGGUGAUUAUAACCCUUUUGAUCGCCAAGGAGGAGUUUUGGCUCAUGCUUACUUUCCUGGAUCAGGAAUUGGGGGAGAUACACAUUUUGAUGAAGCAGAGAAAUGGUCAGCGGAGAACAGAGGGGUCAACCUGUUCCUUGUUGCGGCACAUGAAUUUGGUCAUGCUUUAGGACUUUCCCAUUCUAAUGUCAUUGGCUCUUUGAUGUACCCAACAUAUGCUUACACAAACCCACAGUCCUUCAGUCUUCCAGAUAAUGACAGACAAAGAAUUCAGAGAUUUUAUGGAGCAAGGAAAUGAAACCGUUGAAGAACCCAUUGUAUUUAAAUGGCAUGGAAGAAUUUAUAUUUUGCACAGGUCAAAAGCAUUAUUUCAACUAAGUUUAUAACAUAGUAAAAGCAGCAAAAGUUUGGUUGCCUGCUUGAUAACGGAGGAAAACUAGUGGACUGUACUUUGUUAUGAAAGCUACGUUGGUUCCUGGUCCAACUCAAGAUGCAGAUGACCAACUGCAAAGUGUGCGUGUUCUGUAGAUGCCUUCACUUGGAAACAGUGUGUCAUCCAACAUCAAUCCAACACCAACCUUCUGGCCAUGUAGAGAAACCACCACGAUCUGGUUGUACCAGAAAGUCUUUGGGGAUUGAUCUAUGUCAGGGGUCUCCAACCUUGGCAACUUUAAGACUUGUGGACUUCAACUCCCAGAGUUCCUCAGCCAGCAAAGCUGGCUGAUGAAUUCUGGGAGUUGAAGUCCACAAGUCUUAAAGUUGCCAAGGUUGGAGACCCCUGAUCUAUGUCAGAUUCCAUCUCUCAGUUAUUAGUUCGGGGCUCUUGUUAUUUUUUGUUUUCCUUGUAAUAAUUCCUUGUUAUUUUUUUUUAUAAGCAACUGGAGAUGUUUUGGGAAAUCUUCUUGUACUUAUGACAUAGCUAAUAAAUAA